GUUGUUCCUGGUUUUGGACACGGAGUCUUGCGUAAAACAGAUCCACGAUACUCAUGUCAAAGGGAGUUUGCAUUAAAGCACUUGCCCGAUGAUCCGCUGUUUCAGCUGGUCUCCAAGCUUUAUGAAGUCGUGCCUCCCAUUCUUAUCGAACUAGGCAAGGUUAAAAACCCCUGGCCCAAUGUAGAUGCUCACAGUGGAGUUCUGUUGAACCAUUUUGGUUUGACCGAGGCAAGAUUUUUUACUGUUCUUUUUGGUGUAUCAAGGAGUAUAGGGAUUGGUUCUCAGCUGAUAUGGGACCGGGCUCUUGGUUUGCCUCUUGAAAGGCCAAAAAGUGUUACGAUGGAAUCACUUGAAAAUUACUGCAAGAAAGCAGCUUCGUCUUGA